GUUAAGCCCACGAUUAACGAAGUGCUCGAUAUCUGUCGGGCGUUGAAGUUCUCGACCGUUGACCGCAAGUCAUUAGAGCGGCAAAUACUUUGCGAUUACGGCUAUAAUACGGCCACUUAUUGGCUAAUCAAGAAUAACCCGUCUGUCUAUCAGUCCCUGAAGUCGGAGGCGUCACCACUGAUACCACACAUGAAACUCGAUCGCCGCCGGAGUCGGAGUGUGUCUAACAUCGCGGCCGCCGUCGAGAGCGCAGAAUAUUCGCCGAAAGCCGUGUCCGCCAAACGUAAGCCAGAGUUCGAGACACUGAAGGGAUUUCAGGUGAAGAAGCCGUCGCCGAACGGCGCCCACAAACCCAAACCGAGUCCACUCGCUGUCAGCCGUAACGACGGUAACAACACUCCCACCCGAAUACCGGCGGUUAGACGCGUGGCCUAUAAGCCGACGGCCAAAGCCAACGACUCGAUCCGUAUGGUUCGCGCGCGCCUUCAGUCCGUCGACGGCGUCAGUCCGGCAAAGACGGCCCGAGUGUUGGCACCCAUUAAUGACACCUAUUGUACGCCCGAUCGCCGACAGAAGAGUUUUGUCGCGAAGACACCGAAUCUAAACCAAACGACUGGUCAGUCGUCGACAGCGCCGAAAACUGAGAAGAAGUCGCUGUUGAAGCGAUUGCUGGAGUCGGCGACGCCUACCAAACGAGUGUCGCCACGAGUGGUGCGACUGUCCGGCGCUGACAGCAAGAACAUCACCCGAACUGAGUUCACAGAUCCGCAGCAACUGAUCGCACAGUUGGUUGAGGUGUUGGCCAAACGCAAUGUGCUCUGCACUCACAAGUCUAAUUUCCUAUUGAGAUGUGUGUUGUCGUCGAUGAACACAAUAGUGUUGUCUUUCAAUCUGGAAGUUUGCAAAACAGAUGAGAUGUGCGUUAUAUUCAGGAAGCGAUUGAAAGGCAGUGCUUGGGAUUACAAACGCAUUUGCGAUGACAUCGAUGGGUUGUCCGCUAAUUCACUUAUUGAUUGCUAAUUAACACAU